UUGUCAUUCCGAAAAUCGGUGCGUUCGGUGGUUAUUUAAAAUUCAUCGCUCGCGCAAAUACGAAUUUGGAGCCUCGAUCGACUCUUGAGAUUUUUGUCCCCGACAAAUGAAUUUGAACUCGACGACUAAAAUAUCGAAUCUAAUCUCGUCCGGUUUGAACCCGUCUACAGCUCGCUCCCGUGACGAUGCUGGCAUCGUCUCCGGGAACUCCGAUUGUGAUGCCGCAUUCGGCUCUAACGGUUUAAAAUUUAUUCCUUUCUAAAGUAUCGAGUCUAGUGCCAGUUUAAAAAUUAAUCGGUCAAGACGAGCUAAGAUUUUCGUCUAAGUAUUUCGCUCGAUUUAAGUCAUCUCUAUAAAUUCGGUACAUGCGCUAUUUGGGGUAGGCUUUUCAAAUAAAUCGAAAUCGGAACCAUUGCUGGCCAAUUAUGUUUCCUGUUUCAAAAUCCAAGAAAAAUCUUUCUCACAGUGUUCUCUCUCCUUAUCUCCUCACGUACACUACGCAGAUUUUUCUAGUCUUCGUUCUCAUCCACGCACGGGAGGAAAAUCUUCUCUGCGCUUCUAUCCACCACCGCUCAAUCGUUUGAUUUUUUUUUUCGCGCAAGCUUCUUACCUCCUGCGCGCAGAUUGCUUCUUCCUGCUGCACGGCAUGCCGGAGAAAGAUAUGUCUCUCAGAUUUUUUCUUCUCUACCGAUUGCUUUGCUCCUGGCGUGAUUUUUUUUCUCUGCGAUUGAUCUCAUCCCUGCACGGCUCUAGUGGAAAAAUCCCGCCGCCCCUGGGCGCUUCAAAAAUCCAGCCGACGCUCGCCCCUAUCUUCUUCCUCAGCCCAGCCGUCUUCCUGGGCAACCGCGUCUCCUUCUUCCUCCCCCUGCGUCCCUGUUCGGUUCCUGCGCACGCUGACUCCCUGCGUCGCGAGCUUCAGCUCGGAUUCCCCCUCCCAUGGCUGCCGAGCAGCUCGCCGGAAUUCCACGCUCGGUGCCUGGAUCUCCCUCCUCCCUGCAGCUCGCUCUCUCUCCCUAGCUCGCUCGCUCCUGGCCUUCCCCUGCCGGCGCGCCUGUUCCCUGGCCGAAGCCACCUGGUCCCAGGUCCGGUCGGCCGGCUCAGUUUUUCCCAGUGCCGCGCGUCGUGCUUCCCCUUCCAGCCGACCGAAGCUCCAGCUCCAGCCAGGCGCGUCCGGCUCCCUAGGCGCUUGACCAUCUGCUCGCCUGCUUUCCUGCCAGUGCUGCCCAGUGCCUCUCUGCUAGCCGCGCGCCCCUGUCUUAUUUCCCUGCGCACCGUCGUGUCCUCAGCUAGCCGGCUGCGACCCCUGCUCGGAUUUUCCCCUAUGGCCGGAACCUUUUUCCUGGCCGCAGCUCAGAUCUCCGGGGCCGCGAGCUCCCCUAAGCUCGCCAUGGCGAUUUCCACGGCUGGCAGCUGACCUUCCUGUGUCGCGUCCUGACUUUACCCAAUGCCCGGUCGAGCUCUCUGACCGCCGCGCCGUGAAUUUUCCUGCGCGCGUGUCUCCUUGCUCACGCGUCGCCGUCGAGUUCUCUGGUGUUUGCGUGCCAUGAAGUUCCUCUAGCGCCGUGGCUUCCCAAUUCCAUCUAGUCACGCGCGCGAGUUUUCUUCGCCUCAGCCUUAGCUCGUCGGUCACGCUCGUCAGAUGUGCGAUCGAGGACUUCAGCUGAAGGCCGUCGUCAGACAACUACCAAAUCGAGUUGUGAUAUGGUGCGAUAAUUAAUCACGUGAUGCGGAAGAUGACUCAAGUCGACCCCAAGCACGGGCUACUCCGCAUGGAGAUGCUGAUGAAUGAACCUGCCUGAUCAAGUGUUAGGACAAGGAUGAUCGUCAAGUGAUCGACGUCUAACAAACACUAACCUAGUGUUUCUUCCAGGCAAGCCCCGGUGCAUUUGCCCCUUCCUUGUGUUUUAAAUGCUUUUUCACCUUAUCUGAUGCAUUAGGUGAUAGGAGUUGUGUGAUAAACAAUUGAUGCAUUACCAUUCCUUGGAAACUCCUUAAUCCCGGUUUUAUAAAAAGAACUGAUAAUGCUUAGCCCUGCUUAGAAACUGAAAAAUCAUUUGUUUUCAAAAAGAAUGAUUGUGGCACAUUGGUUAUGGGCCUUUCGUUUCAAAAAUCAAAGCAAACUUAUGGUGAUGAUUCCACUUCGGCCGGAGUGGGUUCAUCAUUUGGAAAAGAGUACCCCUGCCGGGUACCAAAAAUGGGAAAAUGGUUCGAAUACAUCUAGACCAGACGUUGAGCGGACAUGGUCGCCCGUCUGUGUCGAUUAAGGACCGUUCGAUGUAGGCCUGAUGAGGUGAGACUUUGCAACUAACCACAUGCUCCGAUAAGCCUGAACCUGGCUAUUCCAUACGUGAAAAGACAACCGCGCACUGGGCGUGGGAGAUGGUGGGAGUAGCGUGUACCCUCCUGGCUAGAGGCUGGAUGGAGGAGUACUGUGCUCCCGGGUAGCGCGGACCGGUUCACGUUGUGGAGGAUCUAUGGGAACGGUUGACAUAUGCAAGGGUUAAGUGCUACAUAUGUCGUGUGGUUAGGGAUCCCCAGCUGGGUAUAAUCGGUUCGAAUCGUCGUUGCUCCUCGGUUAUGGAGACUCGACUCACUGACCACUCAUCGUAGUUGACAAGUGAAACA